AUGGCUUUUGCCAAACACACAGAGGGUUCAGGCAGCCCCGUGAACCUGACCUGCCGAGCUUUCUUUGGCUACAGCGGAGAUGUGAGUCCUCUCAUCUACUGGAUGAAGGGAGAGAAGUUCAUUGAGGAUCUGGACGAAAGCCGAAUCAGAGAAAGCGAAAUCAAAACUAUUCGGGAGCACUUGGGAGAGCAGGAGGUGUCCAUCUCGCUGACCAUAGACACCGUAGAGGAGAGUGACCUGGGAAACUACUCCUGUUAUGUAGAGAAUGGCCACGGCAGACGACAAGCCAACAUCCAGCUCAGCAAAAGGGAACUCAUGUAUACGGUGGAGCUGGCUGGAGGUUUGGGAGCCAUUCUGCUGAUGUUGAUAUUUUUGGUGUCCCUGUAUAAGUGUUACAGAAUUGAACUCAUGCUCUUCUACAGAAAUCACUUUGGCAGUGAGGAUGUGGACGGAGAAAAUAAAGACUACGAUGCAUACGUGUCCUACACAAAAGUGGAUCCAGACCAGUGGAGUCAGGAAACCAGAGAGGAGGAACGUUUUGCUUUGGAGAUUCUGCCAGACAUUCUGGAAAAGCAUUAUGGGUAUAAACUCUUCAUUCCUGACAGGGACUUGAUACCAACUGGAAGUUUCACCAAUGAUCAUUUCCAGGAUGACACAAGACUCCUUAGAGCGUAUAUCGAGGAUGUGGCUCGCUGCGUUGACCAGAGCAAACGCCUCAUCAUCGUGAUGACGCCCAACUACGUGGUGAGGCGUGGCUGGAGCAUCUUCGAGCUGGAGACGCGGCUGCGCAACAUGAUGGUCAGUGGCGAGAUCAAAGUCAUCCUCAUCGAAUGUGCCGAGCUUCGGGGAAUCAUGAACUACCAGGAGGUGGAGGCUCUCAAACACACCAUCAAACUGCUGACGGUCAUCAAGUGGCCGGGACCCAAGAGCAGCAAGCUCAACUCCAAGUUCUGGAAGCAGCUGCAGUACGAAAUGCCCUUUAAGCGGCCCGAGCCCAAGCUGUCGCACGAGCAGGUGCUGGACGUCAGCGAGCAGGGCCCGUUUGGAGAGCUGCAGACCGUCUCUGCCAUCUCUAUGGCCGCGGCCACCUCCACCGCCAUGGCCACCGCGCAUCCCGAGCUGCGCUCCACCUUCCACAACACUUACCACACGCAGCUGCGGCAGAAGCACUACUACAGGAGCUACGAGUACGACAUUCCCUCGUCCGGCACUCUCCCGCCGCUGUCCUCGCUGGGCAGCCAGCACACCUACUGCAACAUCCCCAUGACUCUGCUGAAUGGCCAGCGGGUGCAGUGCAAGCCGGGCCGUGAGCAGCAGCAGGCGCUGGAGGAGCAGCACGUCAACAACGCUAUGCUUCCGCUGCUGCCCCGAGAGACCAGCAUUUCCAGCGUGAUCUGGUGACGCCGUCGGGAAGGGAUGUUUCUGCAAAUGGCACUUAUUAAGACCCUUACAAAGUGCUGCUGUUGACUUUGCACUGCGAUUCACACGCAGGGGGCGGAAACCGAAGGGACGCGACGAAGACAGGCUGACGGGGACACUGAUAGCACACAUACAUCACAGAGA